GUGAGAAGCCCUGCCCGCUGGCGAGAUGGCGGCGGCUGUGGCUGCGGUCGGCGAGGCCGCGGCGGCGAAGAAGCGGGGCGCGUCCAGGAGCUGGAUCCUCAUCGACGCGUCCGGGGACGAGCGCGUGCUCGACGCCGACAAGUACGCCAUCAUGCACCGCGUCGACAUCAACGCGCGCGACCUGCGCAUCCUCGACCCGCUCCUCUCCUACCCCUCCACCAUCCUCGGGCGGGAGCGCGCCAUCGUGCUCAAUCUCGAGCACAUAAAGGCGAUCGUUACUUCUGAAGAGGUUUUGCUCAGAGAUCCUUCAGAUGAGAAUGUAAUUCCCGUAGUAGAGGAGCUCCGGAGACGACUAGCACCUUCAGGUGCCUCUCACCUUGAUGGGAAGGAUAACCUAAGUGGCCAGCAUGAUGGGGAAGGCGCUGAAGACGAUGAAUCUCCGUUUGAGUUCCGUGCACUGGAGGUUACCUUGGAAGCAAUCUGCAGCUUUCUUGAUGCACGCACUACUGAGCUGGAGACAGAUGCUUACCCAGCUUUGGAUGAACUGACAUCCAAGAUUAGCAGCCGCAACUUGGAUAGGGUACGGAAGUUAAAAAGUGGUAUGACGAGAUUGACUGCAAGGGUUCAGAAGGUGAGAGAUGAGCUUGAACAAUUAUUGGAUGAUGACGAUGACAUGGCUGAUCUUUACUUGUCUAGAAAGUUGGCUGGGGCAUCAUCCCCUAUCAGUGGCUCUGGUGGACCAAAUUGGUUCCCAGCAUCUCCAACUAUUGGUUCAAAAAUAUCAAGAGCUAGUAGAGCCAGUGCAGCAACUAUGCAUGGAAAUGAGAAUGAUGUGGAAGAGCUGGAGAUGUUGUUGGAGGCAUACUUCAUGCAGAUUGAUGGCACAUUAAACAAAUUAACGACGCUGAGAGAGUAUAUUGAUGACACGGAGGAUUACAUUAAUAUUCAGCUUGAUAACCAUCGCAAUCAGUUGAUUCAGCUCGAGCUAUUCUUGAGUUCUGGGACUGUCUGCUUGUCACUUUACUCGUUGGUUGCUGGAAUCUUUGGUAUGAACAUACCUUACACGUGGAACGACGACCAUGGCUUCGUCUUUAAAUGGGUGGUUCUUGUAUCGGGGCUAUUUUGUGCCUUCAUGUUCGUCUCCAUUGUUGCUUAUGCUCGGCAUAAGGGUCUCGUUGGAUCCUGAGCAGCUGGAAUAACCGCAUUACUCGCUUUCCUCAGCUGUAAAUCUUGAGCUAGAGCAUCAACUUUGCGGAUGAUUCAUCUCUUGUAUCAAAUUCAUUAGUAUGCAAUUAGGGAAGAUGAAAAGAAACAAUAAAUAGAAAAGAAAAUAGAAGUUUGAAAGGGGUAUGUGACGGUUGUCUCCUCUACAUGUCAACAGUUCUCUAGGUAUGUGACGGUUGUCUCCUCUACAUGUCAACAGUUCGCGAUCCUAUCAUGGAGUAGUUGUUAUUACUAUACUCUUUUAGUGCUGAUCUGAAAAAAAAAUAGGAUCUUCUAGUGCUUUUGGUUUA